AUGUUUGGAGUGCCCAAUCGGAUCAUCACAUAUCUGGGCACCUCCUUCACCGGAUCUGAAUUCUGGGACUUCUGCCAGGAAAGCUGCAUCAAUGUGUACUACACCUCCGUGGCUCACCCCAGGUGCAACGGCCAGGUAGAACGCGCUAAUGGCUUGAUCCUUCAGGGGCUCAAAGCCAGGAUUUUCGACCCGAUCGAAAACUAUGGCUCCAAGUGGAUCCAGGAACUACCCAGAGUAGUAUGGGGGAUGCGCACGCAGAGAAGCCAGGCCACCGGUUACUCCCCCUUCUUCAUGGUCUACGGUUCUGAGGCUAUCCUCCCGACGGAUAUUGCCUUCGGUGCUCCGCAUACCCAGAACUAUGACGAAGGCGAGGCCGAAACAACUCGGCGAACAGACCUCAACUCGGCCGGGGAGCACCGUCUGACGGCAGCCCUCCAGUACGCCUGGUACGAGCAGCAGUUACGCCGUUAUCAUGACAAAAACGUCCAACAGCGCGACUUCAACGUUGGCGACCUGGUCAGCGGGGUUAGCGAUUUCUUCGGAAGCGUGCUCGACUGCGUCCUCCUGCUGUUCUCCUACUUGCAGCUCCUGGACCGGCUCAGCAACUAG